GAUAAAAUAUUAUAAGAAAAAUGAAGGAGAAGAGAGCUUUGUUGAAGUCAUUGAUCUUAUUCAUGUUGUUUUCUACUUUAACCAUCGAAAUGGUGGCUGCGGAGAGCUACUGCAAGGCGCAACGUCGGGUAUUAGUGAACGCGUGCAAGAGGUUGAUUUUUAGGCAGUCUCCGACCAUUGAUUGUUGUGUUAGAAUAAGGAGAACUCCUAUGUGGUGUGUUUGUUCUAUUGUAACUCCUCAGCUCGCAGCUCUCGUUAAUGCUAAUGAUGUCACUUACAUUGUUGGGGUCGUUCGUCGAUGCGGUCGACCCGUAGCUCGCGGUACUAAGUGUGGAAGUCUUACAGCUCCAUGACCAUGAUCAGUUCGUGGCGGAUAAGAAAACAUCGGCGUGUAUGAAUACUAUCGUCUAUAAAGCAAUAUGUAAUUGUCCGUUGAAGCGUUGUCUUAGUUAUGCCACUAAUCCUAUAUGUGGAAUAAACUAGUUUUUACAAAAAUCUUAUAUCCAAUUUGAAUAAAUUCACUUCACGGACUAAGUAUGUGGAUAGAUACUAUGUGUUUUUAAAUUAAAACUAGAUUGGGAAAUAAUUAUAUUGGAAGGUCUUUUUAUUUGGAUCAGCAA